GACGUGACGAUUUACAACAACAUUACUGGCACUAACUACUUGCUAGCUGUUGUUCACGACCCUGUGAUGUUAGUUGCUACAUUGAAGAACACUUAGCUAACCCGUGUUUUAAAAUGAGUUCAACAGAGAACAGGCAUGGGACAAAGAGACCUGCAUCUACGGAUGAGGUUGGCUCCACUCAGUGGGAGGCUGCAGACCUUGGGAGCAAUGAGAGGAAGCAGAAGUUUUUGCGGUUGAUGGGUGCUGGCAAGAAAGAACACACUGGACGCCUGGUCAUCGGAGACCACAAGUCGACGUCUCAUGUCCGCAGUGGCAUGGAGGACAAGAGGAUGAACUCUGAGUUAGAGCUGCAGUACCAGCAGGGUUUGGACGGGAAGCUAUCUGGGAGAGACCGCCGACACUGUGGCCUGGGCUUUAGUGAGCCUGAACCCCUUCCUUCACCACCCUCAGACAGCAGCACAGCAGUAGAAUCAGAGAAAGCAGCCAGUCCCAAUAGCCCAGGGAGCCCUGAGUCGGAACCACAGGAAUCCCAGGACUCAACACCACAGAUACCAGAGGGCAGAGUGACAGAACAGGCCGAGUCUAGUGCCAGAGACAGUCCAAAAAUGGACAAGAAACACGUCAAAUCAUCAUAAUGACUUGUGAGUGUAGACUGAUUCUUUUUGUAAACUUGAACCACCAAUUUGUACAUAAGUUAUCUUUUUGUUUGGAGUACUCACCCGGGAGAGUACCAGUAGUUUUGUGGUCCCAAGAUUUAUUUUUUGGUAGUAGUCUUUGGUCCAACAAACAGUCCGAUCAGUUUGAUUCUAAGGAGUAGAAGUGGUAAAACUCAUGUUUUAACUUCCUAUAUAAGCAGAAACAUUUAGUAAUGGCUCUGUCUUCUACUGAUUAUGUCAUGUGGGCAGAACUGGAGCUAUUUUACAGUCUGAGUUCAACCAUAAGUAUAGUAAAUGUUAUGUUCUUAUGCAUUGUCUGCAAAUGUAUUAUUAAUAAAUCAAAGUUCACCCUGGGGUGGGCUGAAUCAAU